UCCCAAACAACCAGGGUGACAUCCCUCCGGUUCUCGAGCUACUGUAAGGUUCGACACCAACUUGAGGGAGGUAUGUGUAUCUUGGCCAACCCGGGUGUUUGCACGGUUGAAGGUGGUUGGAGAGAUCCGCGCCAUACCGGGUAUUGAUUUGCGUCUCGUUGCAUCCUCCGUGAUGCAGGAACCGCCAACUCAACGGCUGCUCGACACUCGGACUUUGUCGAAAGAUGAGCUGGACUUGGCCUGUCUUGCGUCCCCCAUAUUUCUCUGUGCCCCUCCCGCACCAGGCGCCGCUCUUGGGGGUCACCGUCUUGCAGCGCCCGGGGGAAUGGGCUCGGUCCGGAUGACCCAUCUUGCCAGUCCUAGUAGGGCUUGUCUUGCUUGGACUAACGAUCAGGGAGACGAACUGCUGCCCACCCACCAGCCCAAGAGAUGCAGCAACUUGAGGGUUGCCUCGACCUGCCAAUCUAGGGCUCCUGACCAGGGCGUCGCAUCCAUUUGUGCUGCUGACGUGCUUUGUGUGUGCAUGGCGGCGCCUCAACUCGGGGUUCAAUGGUUAAUCCGCGGAAACCCUAGACACUUGGACAUCUCAACCCAUGUCACCGACCAGUCUGCAUGUCUUGGAAGUGACCGGAUUUGCCCGCACCAGGCCCAGGCCCCGGGCGUUCUUUGGCUUGAUAAGGUUACGCGGCCGAUGGAGAAUGGGACUGAUCCUCAGAGCGUCGUCUUUGUUGUUAACCGACCGAACCGACGGCCCUGAAUCGGAACUGGGAGGGGUUGGAUCCGCUCGGUGAGAUGCGGAGGUUCUUUAGUCAGGCUGAGUUGCAUAAAAUAUGUGAUUCCGAUGAGUCGGCGUUUUCUUGAUGAGGAAACCGACAAACGAGGGCAAGUCCGUGGCUCUGGAAUGUCUUGUCAACUAUGGAUGAUAGAGGCAUUAUUUUAAGAACUGUGGUUCCCGUGGGUCGAUGCCCACAGAUCUUGCGGAGUACUAAGCGUAGUCAACCGGAGUAGUUGCGGAAAAGUUUACAAAUAAUUAAGUUACACAGUGAA